ACCUUCCAUCGCAAUCUUUAGCCCUCAACUGUCUCCAUCGAUAUUUCCAUCCUUCUCUUCCCAGGAUCGCUCAUAGCUUUAGUCUUUGAAGCUCUGCUCAGCGUCUUGAGUGAUCGUUGCAAUCUAAGCCGAGCUGAAUGCUUUGCUAGCCAAGCUUAGCACCAUCCAUUAUUAGUUGCAGUCUCUAUCUAUCUGUAAGAGCUAAGCUCUGCGAAUAUGGUCAACACUCGACGCUCAAACAGAGACGAAUCUUCACCUGCCGCCAACGGUGAUUCUCCAUCCAACACUCAGGACAAAUCCACUCCGACAAGAUCGCCGUCAACAAGAUCGAAAACAGCUGCAAUGAAGAAGGGAGCUUCCGGCCAAUCGGACAAUGGCAGUCCCCGUCCCAACGGUGUGGGUGCUGGUGCCAAAGGCUCUACUCAAAACGAGGAUGUGAACAUGGGAGAUUCUGCGCCAAAUGAGCAGCAGAAGGGCAAGGACGGUGACGAGGAGAUGACCGUGGUUGUGCCCCCUGCCAAGGGCUCAAAGCUGUCCGAGCAGGGCAAAGAUAAUGGAGACGAUGUGGCAAUGGAAGGUGCAGAUGAGCUUGACACUGAGAAGUCAGGAGAGUCCGAAGACCCCGAAGCAAAAACCAUACUAGACAUCAAAAACAGCUUUCCGCUCCUCGAGCGCGCGGUUGCCCAAUUCGACUCUCGAUUCACACUCAGAGUUCUUCGCUCAAUAUCGUCAAUUCGAAAGCGGAUCUCCCCCGACGUACUUGCCAAGGUCAUUGUCGAGACCUACACAUCAAACCAUCCAACGGCAAAGACUUUGCUUGCUGCCGUUGGCAAGGAGGACGCUUUCUCGGGAGAGCAGCAAGUGGUAGAGAUGGAAGUUGAUGCCGAGAAGGGUCAAUCCCAGGCCAAGUCGACCAAGGAGAUCAUUCCUGAGAUCGACAUCUUCCUCUCCAUUCUGGUACAGGUUUAUCUUCUUGACAAGAAGGAGUUUGACCUGGGCGCCAAGUUCUCAAACCAUCUCGUAGAUAAGCUGCGUACUUUGAACCGGAGGUCUCUUGACUCGCUUUCCGCACGGGUGUACUUUUACUACUCUUUAUUCCACGAGGAGCUCAAACCUUACCCCCCUUCGCCUCUCGCCCCGGCCAUAUCGAUUCGCCAGCAACUGCUUGCCGCGUUGCGAACCUCCGUCCUCCGCAAAGAUCAGGAUACGCAAGCGACCGUGACCACUCUGCUUCUUCGGAAUUAUCUUUCUGCGUCUCAUAUUUCUCAAGCAGAUCUUCUCGUUUCGCAGACGCAAUUUCCACCUGCGGCUUCAAGCAACCAGGUCGCAAGAUAUUUGUACUAUCUCGGACGGAUCCGGGCGAUUCAGCUUUCAUAUACUGAGGCUCAUGAGCAUCUUGUUGGCGCCAGCCGCAAGUCUCCAUCGAGCGCUACCGCGGCUGGUUUCUACCAAGCAUCUAUGAAGCUCCUCGUUAUUGUCGAACUCCUGAUGGGUGAUAUUCCUGACCGUGCCAUCUUCCGGCAGCCCAGUCUUGAGCAUGCUCUCCAACCUUACUUCCUCUUGGUUCAAGCUGUUCGCGUCGGAGAUCUGGAGGGCUUCUUGAAGGUUGUUCAGGUUCACAACUCGACGUUCCGACGUGACGGUAAUUACACUCUCAUUCUUCGCCUCCGACAGAACGUCAUCAAGACGGGUGUUCGAAUGAUGUCCUUGUCAUACUCGCGCAUCUCCCUGCGAGACAUUUGCCUGAGGCUCGGCCUCGAAAGCGAAGAGUCUGCUGAGUAUAUCGUUGCCAAAGCGAUCCGAGACGGUGUCAUUGAGGCUACCCUUGACCAUGAAAAAGGUUUCAUGAAGAGCAAAGAUGUUGGCGACGUGUACGCGACUCGGGAGCCUGGCGAAGCUUUUCAUGAACGUAUUAGGGCUUGCUUAGCUCUCCACGAUGAGAGCGUCAAGGCUAUGCGCUUCCCAAUGAAUCAGCACAGACUGGAGUUGAAGAACGCCCAGGAAGCCAGAGAGCGGGAACGGGAACUGGCUAAAGAGAUCCAAGAGGGAGAUAUUGAUGACGACGAUGCAGGUGGUGAUUUUGAUGGGAUCUAAGCAAAGAAUUGCAGAGCAGACAGGAUUUGGUAUCACACAUGAAGAAUUGUAUUCCUAUUAGAGAUUUAUUUGACCAUGGCAGUGCCAUAUUAAUCGGGCUACUGUUAGUCUCAGUUCAUUGCUUCAUGCUCUUUCGUUCUCGACAGAUGUUCUUAGUCGCGCUGUUGUGCAUAGGAAGUUUCGCUCAUAUAUGAGCGGACUUCUUUGCGUACAGUCUAUUUGAGCUAUUCAAAGUACGUCAUGCAAACAGCUUUUAAAUUGAGAUUUGUUCAGUGUAAUUGUGGCACCC